AUUGACCUUUCGGUUGAAGAACCCGUCGGUCACAUGUGAGUGUCGAUAAAUAUUUUAGUUUUAUUUUGAAUCCAUUUUAAAUAGUUGUGAUUACAGUUUUCAUCACUCGACCGUAGCAAAUAUCAACGUUCAAGAUGGGUGACAUUGAGGACACACAUUUCGAAACUGGGGACUCCGGUGCCUCCGCAACCUUCCCUAUGCAAUGUUCUGCCCUUCGCAAAAACGGCUUUGUGAUGCUCAAGGGUCGCCCAUGCAAGAUCGUUGAGAUGUCCACCUCCAAGACUGGCAAGCACGGCCACGCCAAGGUCCACUUGGUCGGCAUUGACAUUUUCAAUGGCAAGAAAUAUGAAGAUAUUUGUCCAUCUACCCACAAUAUGGAUGUUCCUCACGUCAAGCGCGAGGACUACCAGCUGACUGACAUCUCGGAUGACGGCUACCUGACACUCAUGGCUGACAACGGGGAUCUCCGUGAGGACCUCAAGAUACCCGAUGGAGAUCUUGGCGCCCAGCUGCGCUCUGACUUUGACAGCGGCAAAGAAUUGUUGUGCACCGUGCUGAAGUCCUGCGGCGAGGAGUGUGUGAUCGCGGUCAAAGCAAACACUGCUCUCGACAAAUAAACCAACUCAGCAUUUAUAGGGAUUAACAAACAUAUAAUUUUUUUUACAAUCAACAGCUCUUACAUAAAUGUAAAACAUAAUAUUAUGUCUAAUUUAACGUAAAAUAUCGUGGUAUGGCGCGGAGCUCGCGAUCUCUAUGGGUAUCUCGUACAUUAGCAAUAAUCCGAAGGCGCGUUUGUUUAAGGAUCGAGCUAGAGACGUGUAAGAUUUGUAAUGUAGGCGUAAGGGGUCUCUAGUCCUAGUACUAAAAAUUUGAUCGGGCGGUUCUCGAUCCACGGGCGAGUGCCAAAUUCUAGAUUUUUAGUAAAAGGAACCGCCGUUCGACCAACACGGGUGUAUGGUUAUUGCAUACAAUGAAAUAAGUAUCUCUAUGAAAUAGUUGCUCAUAAGCAAUCUUACUACAUUAAUUUAUUUUGAUAAGUGUAAUAGUGUACCCAGUGGAAGGGAGUCGCGCACGCGCCGCGUCACACUCGCCGGAACUUCACGUUUGUUUUGUUUUGUUUGUUCUCUUUUCGCUUACAUGACGUGUUCGUUACGUUGCGCCAAGCGAGCCGCCGAAAGUUUGUUGAUCGACAUCGGUGUGGAAAUUCCGUAUGGUGGAUAUUAAAUGUUUUAUAGUGGUUUAUAAUCUGACGAAAAGAUGGACGCAAACUUGAAGUUAUUACCAUAUUUUAAUGCUAAAUUAAUUAAUACAUAUAAAAAUCAAAAAACAAACAAAAAAAUAGAAAUAAAGGAAAAUUCUUGAAUGUGGUGUGUGAUUGAUUAGUCCUGUUUUGGAAACGUCACGGGCUGACGCUUCACGACGCUGGUACUGCGGCGUCCUCCCUUCGUGUGUAACACUUGCCAUCUGUUCAAAUAUACACACAUAUAAAAAACGGUUAAAACAAAUUGUUUCUACUGCUUGCCGUACUAAAACACAAAGACUGAUAUGACAUGUCUCUUGAGAAAUAUCAUCAGUCAAGACUGAAACGCAUUUUUUUAGAUGAAAUAGUACAUUUUUAUACUAACCUCGGCUUAUGUCGGCCUUUCCUUGCUCUCUUCGAAUAUUUGAACACAUGAAAUGUUACACGUAAUCGAGUGGCUUAAGAUUGCCUAAAUUCCAUGUUUGUAAGUAUAGUGAUUGUUGUCGGCACCGUAACAGCAAGUGUUGCCUAGGUAGGGUACCAUUCAUAUGUAUGUCCAUGGACUUGUCAUUUUUUAACAUCAAAUUGUCAAAGACGAUAUAAUAUACGAAAUUAAUUAAGAAUGUAAGGUAAGGCCCUAUAGGAAAAAAAUAUUUUUUUAUGCAUUCAAAAUUCGUACAUCGCAGGUUGUAGACUAAAAUUUAGGCUGUUUAUAGAUAACAAUUAUGUUGUCUGUCUGUACAUUUUUUUUUCUCGAAAUUGCAUAAUCGUUAUUGUUGGACAAGUUUUUAUACUUAGCAGCUUGUAAUCAGGUUUUUAUUUUAUAAUAAAAGGAAACCUAAGGUAUAUGUGAAGACAUCGGGAGUUGUAAAAUAAAAUACUUUAGUAAAAAUAUAAACUUUUCUUUCGGUCAGGUUGGCAUGCCUAACGCGACCAUUGAUGUAACCUUCCUUGGAAUCUUUUGUAUUAUCGAAGACGUAGAAUAACGUGCGCAUUAAAUGUGAAGUAAGUUUUAUUCGUACCCAUUAGAAUUAUUGGUGCACCCAUAAGUAUCAUUAGGAAUUGAAUGCUCUCUUGCACAAGGGUCAGCUGACUCGAGACUCGGCCAUUGUGAAACGAGCUAUACCAUAGGACCGUAAAAUUAUCGGUUACUAUAAUUUAAAAAAAAGCAAUUAGUUUUGUGUCGGUUCAGAUAUAGCUCCGUUAUUGACGUAUGAAUCUGUGAAUUUCAUUGAUGCUUUUUAUGUACGUGACCUUGUUAUUAUGGGGCAUUAUUGACUCUAAAAUGUGCGGAUUUGUUUAGGAAACUUAAAUUAUUUUUUAUAUUGGGGCGUAUGUCAGAUAAUAACUGUGCGACGGUUUUAGUACUAACUCCUGUAUAUACGUAACAUGGGACAUGCGACGGAUUUUAAUGAAUCCUACAUAUUCAUGCAGUGUUGCCUCCAAUAUUGUCAAUGUGCAAAUAUUUCUACCGAAUUAAUAGAGACGAUUGCCAAUAAAUAAAUGUACAUGCAGUAAUAAGUAUUUAACAGUCUGUCGAAUUAAAUCUGUACAAAAGGAA